CUUUGAGCGCCGUUGAUUCAAAUUAGCUCCGCCGGCUAGGUGUGGCUAAAGUAACUGUUUUAUUUUAGCACUACGCGUUAUUUUCUAAAUUAAACAAGAAUUAUAAUUUCUUUAUAUUCCUGUGAAGCCCUGUUGCUUUCGUCCGUAAUGGCGAGCCGCCUCCCCAUCCGUUCUCAGCUAUCCUCCAUAAUGGAGACGAUGGCAAAGUCUGCGUUCAGCCAGGUCUGCAAGGUGGUGGAGCAGGACUCAGCCGAGCUGCGAGCGGAGCUCUCCAGGCUCCUGUUAGCAAACUCAGCCCUGGCAGAGAAAAUAAACAGUCUGCAGUGUGAGCUGACCUGUGUAAGAGAAGACAACCCCAAGAAGAGUAGAAGUUAUUGCAGCGUAGGAGUGCAGACUGUCUGCAGCAGUGAUGCUGGCUGCCCUCCGACAGCAGAGGGGAUCUUUGGGAACAGCUGGAGUAUAAAUCUUUGGAAAGACAGAGACCCACACAGCCUCGAAAAAUGUGACGAUUCACCAAUGCCUUCUGAUAAGGCUACAGCAAAUAUAUCAGACCUAGUGACAUUUGCGGAGAUCAAAGUAGAGGAGUUGAUACCAAAUAAUGCCACAAACUCCAAUGAAGAAACUGUUUACAAUCAAGAACCUGAAGAAAGCACGGCUGAAGAAUCAAAUGUUUACUUGGUUGAUGGCAGUACUUGCAGCUUGCCAAUUUAUCAGGAUGGACAACAGGGUAUGUUGCGAGGAGAUCCAGAGGAAACAAGUCUAGAGCUGAGUAUAGGGGAAACGAUAGAAGAGGCCUUUAGCAGCCACAUAAUUCCAAUCGAAGUGGAGGACGACGAUGAAGAGGAGGAUGUUCAGUUUGUCCAAGCAAGCCAAAUUGAGGCAGCAUCGAGUCUUACAGUUGGGCCCAGUCAAAACAAACAGCAGACAUUACCGACAAACAGCAAUGAGAACAAUCCCUCUCUGGUUGAAGACUUCCUUGAUAACUUAAAUGUUGUCAGCUUAGAAGCAAACAGAACUCCAAAAAGGAGCAUAUUUACCUGUCAAAUAUGUAAUAGGACAUUCUUUCACAAGGGAACACUGACACACCACAUGAAGUCACACAAGACAAACUUCUGCAACAUCUGUAAGCAGCAUUUCCCCAAAAGAAAGAAGUUUAAUUCCCACAGCUGUGUCCCUCCGGUUCCACAUCAGACAAUCAAGUCGUGCGAGUUAUGUGGCAAGACCUUUCCCAACCAAUCAGCUCUAAGGAUUCAUCAUGUGGUUCACACAGGUGAGAAACCCUACAGGUGCAGCUUGUGCGGCAAAAGGUUUACACAGAAAGGCAAUUUAAAAUGUCAUCUACGCAUCCAUACCGGUGAGAGACCUUUUCUGUGUGUUAAAUGUGGCAAGGCCUUCACACAGAAAGUAAACCUCAAUCAUCAUUUAAUGGCUCACUUAAAUCGAGAGAUUGUUGAAGGUGGGUCAUCUGAAUCAAAACAACCCCAAACCUUGGCAACAGAAACCUAUCGGUGAGUAGUCCUAAAGGCCGCUUCUGACUAAAUUAGUGGAACGCAUCAUUUCAUACUUUAUACUCCAGCUCACAUGUUCAAGGUCUGUAAUGGUUUGAAUUAAUCUGUGGUAUUGUGCUUGGUGUAAAAGGUGUUUUACCGAUUUUAGUUUUUUUUCUAUUCCUCUGUUUAAUAA